AUGUUUAUUUGUGAGUUCUGUCAAGUGUCUUUUACGGCGAAACAUAAUCUUGACAGGCAUAUGCGAGGUAAACAUGGUCAAACUAAUUUCGAUUGUACCGUGUGUGGAGGAAAAUUUUCAAGACGAGAUAACUUGAACGUACAUCUGAAACGAUCUCAUGGGUUAUCUAUGAAACGUCAAGCACCACCACCACCAUUACCAUCAACCAUCGAACAUCGAUCAAAUCUAGAGAUGGAAGUUCCCGGUACAUCUACUAAACAUCAAUCAAAUUUGGAGAUGGUAGUACCAACACCAUCAACAUCCCCACCACCACCACCACCACCACUAGGUAAUAAACGUCAUCGAUAUUCAGCACGUCUAGAGUCCAUGAUCGAAAACGAUGGAAGGGUAUGUCAAGUUUGUGGCGAUUUACUACCAUCACUUAUCUCGCUUGAAUGCCAUCUUAGAACUGAGCAUGUUGAAAUAAUCGAUGAUAAUGUUAAAAAAUUUAAGUCUUGCUAUAAAAAUAGGGUAGUUUGCUAUAGAAUUGAUGGAGCUCAACCUGAUGAUGAUAUACCGUCAUAUCUAUUGAAAUGUUGUGAAACAGUUAAUCGACUGAUUGAACAACAUCUCAAUAGGACUGGUUCGGUAAAAGCUUAG